GCAAUUGUUAUUGUUGAUCAGCUGAGCAAGAGCAGAGCUGCAGAGUCAUUGCACAUGUAAACCCUCCUCCAAUCAAAACCUGAGCAGGCUAGUUCAGAACAAAGGAGCAGACAGAGCUUCAUCGAAAAGGUCGUCAUCUACGAAUCCAAACACAAAGCAAAAAAUCACCAGCACAUUUCAGAUUACAUAGAAAAAAAGACAAGCAAGAAUGAAAUUUCAAUACAAAGAGGAUCAUCCCUUUGAAUACAGGAAAAAGGAAGGAGAGAAAAUCAGGAAAAAAUACCCUGACAGAGUGCCAGUAAUUGUGGAGAAGGCACCAAAAGCCAGAGUACCUGAUCUGGAUAAGAGAAAAUACCUUGUGCCAUCUGAUCUAACAGUGGGACAGUUCUACUUUUUGAUCCGGAAAAGAAUUCACCUGCGACCAGAGGAUGCCCUUUUCUUCUUUGUAAACAACACAAUCCCACCAACCAGUGCCACAAUGGGACAACUGUAUGAGGAUAACCAUGAAGAAGACUUCUUUCUGUAUGUGGCCUAUAGUGAUGAAAGUGUCUAUGGACAGUGAAGGGAAGUGAACCCAUUGUGUGGAUAGAGGAUCAGAUGGACUUUGAUGGCACAUAUGAUCUCACACAUUCUUGAGCCAAACUGAAAAAUUUAAAUAAUAAAAAGUUAAAACAUAUAAAUAAACAUAAUUCAGGGUCCUCUGUGAGGGGCCAGCACUGCGGCUCUGCACCCCCCCAUUUCAGUAAGUAACUGUAUGUGGCUAGAAAAGUGGGUUUCCUACUGUAACAGUUUUAGAGUAAUUCCAUGAGUGCUAGACUUUGGGACACAGGCAAAGAAAAUUAGGACUACUUCUUACACAAAAGGCACAUUUCCAUAUUCCCAAAAGUAUGUGUGUCCAUACUUUCCUUUGGGCACUUGCAGUCAGAAAUGAUCAGAAUGUAUUGUUCCUUUUUAAGCUGCAUCUUAUAGCAUGACACAUAGCUCAUAUUCCAGUCUGUAGCCCCCAAAUCUACUACCAGGAGGAGCUAGAGACUGACAGUGGCAUAAUUUAAUGCAUUUCUCACUUUUUGGUGACCAGUACUGGGGCAAGAGUACUACAUCAGUGGAUACUGUUGACUAUAACUUGAUUUCUUUAGAAUUGUGCUUUGGCUAACUACUGAAUGAUAUAAUAAGAGUUUUCUGUUAAUAAGCAGAUGUGUACCACUUAGUGCAGCCUUCCAGUGGUGUACUAGUGCAGAACGGUGACUGAGGAAAAAAACUGCUGAUACCAGUCAGGACUGGGAAGAAAUAAUGGGAUCACGCUAUAGUUUGUAAAAAAGUUUAAUUUACCUAUUUCUACUCUUAAUCCUGUGGUACCCCAUACCAAAAACAUGCCAGGCAUAUGCAUAUCUACCAAUCAAUGACCAGGCCAGGAUUCUAGUGCGAGGCUACAAUCUGCAGUGACAGACCUCUGAAGGUAUGCCACUAUCACUGCAACCAUCAGGUGUUUGUUUAUGGUUUAAUGCCAGCUGUAUAUUGUACAGUCUUGGUACUCCCUUAAGUUAAACAAAACCUCUGUGCCAUAAAACUGCAGAAAAGUAUCAUUAAAAGGUAUCUCAAAUGCCAUAAAUGUUAUGUUCUUAUGGCAGUGAUUUUGAACAACCUUAACAACAUCACAUAUGCUGUCACAGGGAACGUAUGAACUCUAGACCUUUGGAGGCCUUCAGGCUGCCAAAAAAAAAAUAAAAAACUUUCCUAACCUGCUUGCAGAAUAAGGUAAAAGGCAAAGCUGAUCUGUGGAUUAACUGCAUCAGAUAACAAAGGAGAAGUCAUACAGAGUAAACCCCCAAGAUGAAAUCUCAGAUUAAGACAGAGCAGCUGUCUGAAUAUUCAUAUGCCCUUUCAAAAGGGCCUCCUCUCGACAGUACACAAAGGUACUACAACAAAUGCAUACAGAUAAGCAGUCUGGCCAUGCUGAUGCUCCUGAAAAGUAAACUGCUGCAAUCUGUCAACACACGUUAUAUUUACCAUUGGCCAUGUGACCUAGAGUAUGGCUAAGAAGGGCUUGCAUUUGAUCGGUUCAGUAGUUCUCUCCUGUUUAACAAAUAUAUGUUAAAUAAAAAUAUGUAGUCAUUAAACUGAUCAGGGACUUUGACAAGAAUGUGACUGUAAACCUUGUAAGAAGGGCUUUACAAAGUAAUGCUACCACAGUGCUUGUUUGUCACAGUUCAGGCAACAUACAUUUUACUAGAAGUCGUACAAACUGUCUUCUCUUCAGAUACAAGUUGCAUAUGUAAAAUAAAACUAAGAACUCAGAAAAAAUGUUAUGAAACGGUACUUUUGCAGGUUACCAUUGUUACAACCUUGUAAUUACAACAUGAGCAGUAAGAUAGAUGUGGGGGUGUAAUGGCAUGUAAGACAAUUAGCCAAGAUGCUGUUUGGAAAAUCUUAAACUACUAAACUCUGUACAGAGUACUUUGACUUUGCAUAACAAGGAAAUGAUGACAGUACAGAUAGCAAUAUAUUUAAGUGUUGGGGAGUACCCUGCACUUUCAUAUGCAGGGAGGUCUUAAACCACCCCCCCCCCCACACACACACACACAACUUAUUUCCACUCAAUAAAGUUACACAGCAAUACAGGAGAGGAAUAACAACAGGAAGAGAAGGUGCCCCUUCUUUAGUGCCAUAUAGUCUUAGACUGACAGAGCAGGGAGGGGGUCAGAUCCCCAAAAGUAGGGUGGGAGAGCUUGCACCUCCUGCAUAAAUAUCUUGUCAUUCUGUACUUCUUUUCAUUUUCCCGGUUUGGUAGAAUACCACUUUGGUGUAAAAGUUUUGUUAUUUUUAUAAUUUGCUGAGUAGUGACUUUGGUGAAUGAUCAUGUGCCUGGCAUAACGCAGUAUGCUGAUAUUGUAGUAUUAAAUAUAAACAACUGAAAUGUUAAUUAUUAAUUAAUUAUAUCUUGAUAGGACACCACACAUUGUUCUUACAGAGUCUUAUUUGGACGUGGAUGUUUUUUGUCUGCAACAGAUGGAUUUCCCAUCUUAAAAUGUUAGAUGUUAUCAACCUGUUUCUAUUACUUUCCAAAAGUAAGAAAAUUUCAGUAAGAUAUAAUACUUUCUCUAUAUAUAGCGAUUGCUGAGAGUUGGUUAGAAGCAGAUAUGUAAACUGUGUCGUGUGUUAGUAACAUAUAUUUCACUCUGUACAACCUGAGUUAUCCAGUGGUGCUGUUGAGACAGUUGAUACAAUGAACUCAUGGGAGAUACAUCAGUUAAUUUUGAACACCUCAGUCUGUUUAACAAAAGGGAGAGAGACAAAGAGAGAGAGAGAGAGACAAAAUUAUUGCACUCCAGAACUGACAAGUGCAAAUUUAUGUUACCCUGGUCCUUGACACCAAAGAGAAAUGCCAAAGAAACAGCCAUAGUAGAGAGCCCAUUCUCACACUGCGCUGUCUAUGUAAGGAUAUUUUUUUUUAGUUUGCACCAGAAAAGUACAGUAAAUAUGUAAAUAUAUAAGGAACAAAUGGCUAACUGAAAACAACUUUUGUAUACCUGGUAUAUGUUGCAAUCAUUAAUCAAUUAGGUUUCACGGUAGUGCUUAAUACUGCAAUACCCCACUCACAUGUGUUUAUGUGCUUAAAAAACAAACAAAAAAUAGCAUUAUUCUAUACUGAGGGAAUGUGUAAUAAUUUUUCUGAUUACCUGUUGGGCUAGCAUUAAGACUGUCUCAUAGUGCAGGCAGAUAUUUAUUCAGCCACACUCACUUUUACACGUUUCGUAACUAUAGUAAGACACUCCAAAAGUGUGCAUUAGACAGUUUUAAUUACUGCCUAAAGGUCCCAGAGGUACUGGUCUCUCUAGGUCUGAUGACUCAUUCUACCCAUGCAACCGUACAUUAGAACUGUCUAAUUCAAAGCUUUAGCAGAAACUGUAGCUUCUUUAUAGAGCAGAAACGUACUAGUUUGUCCAGAUAUUUCUUUCUUCACUUUUUUUAUAUAAUGCAUUUCUUGCUGAUUUUCUGAUCUACCCCUAAAAUGGAAACUCCCUGCAUCUCCAUGGAUAAAUGAUUCUCUGAGGAAUUAACAUUAGUUUCCUGUCUUCGCUUUGAUAAACUCAUUUCUAGUCACAGCAUCCUCACAGAGAAACCCUUACAUAAAGCACUUUAUCUUUCAAGUAUCUUGUAUUUAUGUUACUAUUUGUAGUUUUCAAUUAUUUAGAUAUCUGUAGUUAUGCACUAGCGUCUUGAGAUAAUGGUCCACUCAAAAAAUGAAUGUUAUUCUGGAAUAUUUUAGCUCUGGGGUUUUAGAUUAAAAUACACAUGGAAAUUGUUGGUAAGCAUAGUUUCAUUAAUGAUAGUACUAAAAGCGGAGAUAGUGGUUGCAGAGUGGUGUGGUUUUUCUUAAGUAGAUGAACUAGAAAAGAAUUUAAAAAGAAAUGUAUGUUGUAUAAUAUUAUGGAUAAUGUAAAAAGAAAUUUAUAAAACUGGACCAAAUAAAAAGCCAAAUUGCAAAAUUAUAUUGAGUCAAUGCAGCUACCAUUCCUCAUCUCACCUCAGCGUUUUUAAACCAUCAGUCAGUGGAGGCUGGGUCUUUGAUACUGCGUUUGGGUAGAAAAAAUGAGUGCCAUUUAACUUACACUGUUGUUGUGAAUGUAAACUCAAGCACGAUACAUUUACCCUUCCUGAGGUUGUGUUCCGUGUAACACAGAACAACAGAGUGCAGUUGAGGAGGACCUGACCUACCAAGUCUGCCUAUUUCAGUAUCUGUUAUAAAAGAAACAGGGUGACGGUCUCUUCUCUGUGUCCUAUGGUAGCAGCAAUAAAAAUGGAAUUGACAUGUUUUUAUAACUCAUUUGUAGUACUGUAAUUGGCAAAUGUAACAUUAUAAGAGCAGAGUCUGUAGAAACUUCUCCCUAACAUGUUUCAGAACUGUACCUAAAUCAUACAAAAUGAGAAUAUAAGCACUGUUUUGAAAUGGAUACAGGAAUAAAAUGUUUUAAUUUA